GGCUGUUUCCCGGCGUCAGAAGUUUUGCCCUCAUCCGCGGGCCCAUAAUCACGUUCUCCGGCCCCUUCGCCCUCCCCGUGGAUGCUCCGUCGCUCCAUGUUCUCCCGUUUAUUCCUCGCGUCGCCUCUCCUUCUCACUUAACGUUGUUCCUGCUUUUAUUCCGCACCCCUUCUCCCAGGUUUCUCUUGUGUCCAUCAAGCCUUUCGAAACGCACGAGUUACCGCACAGGAUACAGGAGAAAUGUCUUCUGCUCAGAGCGAUAAUGUACCAUCCCUUACUCGCCCCUCAUGGAGCAACAGACUUUAAUGUUUCUAUAGGUUCUUCACGCCAUUGCUGGCGCUGGUAGGGGCCGUUGUCUCUCGCGGCACGACAAACAACUGAUAUGACCCGUUGUAGGCGGUGGAGUUUUGUCCAUGGUUUUGACUUACCCGUUAAUCACCCUUUCCACUCGCUCGCAAGUUGAGUCCAAACGUGCACACUCCACCGUCCUAGACGCUACCCGUCGUAUCAUCCAGCGUGAAGGGAUCUCGGGUCUAUACGCCGGUCUCAACAGCGCCGUUUUCGGGAUCAGUGUUACAAACUUUGUCUAUUAUUACUGUUUGUCUCGCUACAUAACCGCUCACUCGAAAUUUCCGCUAAUUUCAUCGGGCAGGGUACGAAUGGAGCAGGACCGCCUUCGAAAAAGCUGCUCUCAGGGCCGGAAGGUCUAGAGCUAAGCUCACGACUCUGGAGGCGAUGGCUGCUGGAGCACUUGCGGGUGGCUCCCCUUCGUUAUCAGUCACCUCCGCCGGUAAACUAACAAAGUUUAGGUUCCGCUACGGUCUUGAUCACAAACCCCAUCUGGGUGGUAAAUACCCGUAUGACCGCUCGCAAGCGGGCUGCUGUCCCGUCCUCCCCGUCUGGCAACCUUCCCACCCUUCAGGAUCCCACCGGUCAAGCACCUGCCAAAGCCCCCUCCACCAUCUCCACCAUCCGUCAUCUCUUCCGUGAAGGAGGGAUUGGCCAGUUCUUCGCGGGCGUAAUUCCCGCGUUGGUGCUGGUCGUCAAUCCCAUCCUACAAUACACUAUUUUCGAGCAGUUGAAGAAUGUGCUCGAGAGACGUAAGAAGCGAUCCGUCACACCUCAGGAUGCCUUCUUCCUGGGUGCCUUGGGGAAAUUAGUUGCUACCGCCUUGACAUACCCUUACAGUGAGUCCCAUAGCCCAUGAGGGUGGGGUGGGCUGGGCACUAACGAUUGGAUAGUCACCAUCAAGUCUAGAAUGCACGUUGCGGGGAAGGGCGAGAAGAAACGCUCCGUGUUUGAGUCGCUUCACAAUAUCGUCAAGGAGGAGGGCUGGACCGGUCUUUACGGCGGUAUUGGGCCGAAGCUCGUCCAGAGUGUUCUCACCGCGGCAUUCCUGUUCGCCUUCAAGGAUGCUCUUUAUGUGUUCACCGCCACCGCCCUCGCCAACAGGAGAGCCGCUGCGAAGCUCAAGGCUGCUUAGGGGAGGAGAAUUGGGACAAUGCCGAUCCUUUUUUCAGUUUUUUUUUCAGUUUUCAUAGACGAGUGAGAGAGUGUGAUCACAGGAGCUGGAAACAAAAUGGAACAUGCGUACGGAUGGGAGCUGAGGUGAUACAGCCUAUCAUUCCUGGGCGUCGGUAUUUUUUAUUUCCUCCUCUUCAUGGCUGUGUACAGUAAACCAUCUCCUUUAUGGCAUAGGUUGAAAUAGAACCAACUCGAUAGGCGUUCCUCCUCCCGCCGUUGACCCUGAUUUCUGUGAACUCUGAGAGGCGCAGAAGAGAAGAGGGCUAGGGUUAGUGAGUACCGCGCCGAGCAGGCAUGGGUGCUGUACUGCUCGAGUGCGGUACGCGAAACCUCGUAAUUUAAUCUAUCAUGCCAUAUUAUCAUACCCG